AUUGGAAUCUAUUCGUAACUGCUUUAACAACUUCCGCACCGACUCGCUAAUGAACGUUUUAGUAAAUGGAAAAACACUUAUAUGAGGAAACACAGUUCAAAUCUUUCAGCUCUUAGUGACACAUUUAUAUUUUAGUGAUGAUGUGCGUGUGAAAGAUGGCAAGCAGCAAACCGUCGCUAAAAACACCGUUAAAGCUUUACCUCGUGCGAAUAUCGCCGUGCUGUCGUAUUGUGUGGUUAUACGUGUUACAGGUGAGUCAGACCGGUUUGUUACUACUUAAACCAUUAAUAUUUAGCCGGCUUCGGAGGAGCUCUGUGCAAGUAGGCCUUUAUAUUUUCGCCAUAACAGAAAUCGCACGGUGCUUUUGAAAAUAACAACAACAAGAUAUUGCCAUUAAGAUAUUCAUGUGUAAAUUUGUUAACCUUAGUUUAAUUUUAAUACCCUAACGCAUUUAUUAAUUUUUGCGCAUUCGGCAGUCAAGAAAUUGCAAAAUAAACCGAGGUGCUGUCCGUAAGUUUUUAUUUGUAUAAAAUAAAAAGCAUGCCGAAAGGAUUUUGUAUUGGCGGUGUACUGAUGCAAAUUGAGGGACAGAGGUUUGGAUCUUGGAAACAGCAUGUCUUCGCUUUUUAAAUACUUGUGCUCGUAGAGGUGUGAAGGCUUUAAUACGGACAUCUGCUAAUUGAAGAAACGAUUAGGUAUGUAUGUAAAGUCUAUCAUCCAAUGUUUUAUUUUGUUUUCCGAGGCUGGUCCAUAAAACAGAUAAUGUCAUAUUUCCGACGACUUAGCUCUUUUUUUUAAAAUAUGUUUUCCUAAUCCUCUUUAUUAUUGCUUUCUUUCAUUUAGUCUGCGUGCCGAAUGAUUUCGUUUACACACUCAUAAAUGGAUUUCAUUUAUAUACCCAUUCUAUUUAUAGCACAAGAUACCUUGUGAAAUCACCGAUGUCAAUGUUUUCCACGGUGAGCACCGAGAGCCGAAGUUCGUAGCCAUGAAUCCACACGAAGAAGUUCCGAUAUUGGCCGACGGGAAAACGACAGUUUUCGGAGGGUUUGUUUUGCUUUGCGCUUUAGUGUCUUUAGUUUGCUUUGUCUUGCUUACUUGCUUGCUCGUUGAGGUUGAUUAUCUUUGUUUUUCAGGCCUGUUAAAACAAUUACAUAAAUAGCUGGCUUCUUUUCUGACUGUACCUACAGACAGCACACAUACAAAAGAAAGGCUGGCUACCGAAAUUAUGUCUUGCUGCCCAGGCAGAUUAAUGAACUACCGGCUGCAGAGCGUUCGCAUAUGUUCAUUAAUAUUUCAUAAGAACUGGAAUGAAUGAACAUUUCUAAGGCAAAUUUGUGUUCGACAUUGCUCUUGAUAAACGAAAACGAGCAUGGCUGUAAACUUGGUACAAUUGCCAAUAUUUUGAAAGGCAGUGCCUCUCUUCCUGAGGAAGAUCAAGAAAGGCAGUCUUACAAAGGAAGGUUAUUUGGUUAUAAAUCUCAAUGUUACAGCUGAUAGAUACUUCAAUUUGGAUCCUCAUUAAAAACAUUCUUCCGAGUAAACUGAACGCUACAUUCCCUCUGUUUGACAUGGUGGCAGGAAGAAAAGGAAUUUCUUACAGUGUUAACAAAAAGAGACAUCUUUCUGUUUCCCCCAGUUGGGUACUCACUAAAAUUAGUUUGGAUUGGUGUGUGCUGCCCAGGAUCCUAAUAGACCUAUUCGGCUAACUCAAGAUUCUUUGUGUACUGUAUUUGCAUUAUAAUGUAGCAUUCUCGUUUAAAUGUAUGGAAAUUCCUGAAACAAAAAGUUUUAAUCCCAAAGGGUUUGAAUUGGGUACAACAUUGAGUUAGCCGAAUAGGUCUAUUCAAGGCAAGACAAGCGAAAAUUCAUGCCCUAUUCAAACAUCAAAGCCGAAAAAUUACACUUUAUAUACAUUCAAGGGAAAAACAAAAUCUAAGAAUAUAAUGGGGUAAACUAAUACUACGUCUUAUACACUUGCUAAUACUCUAAUUCAGUUUUAACAGAUGAUUUGUUUCGCUUGAAGCUGGACAUUUACGCGCUUGGAUUUUAGCUGAUAAAAUUUAGGAACCCUGAUUAAGGAUCAAACGGUGAACACAAUGCCAACAAGGGCAAAAAUGAUAUCCUACAAAGGGGUCAAGAUCCUCAAAACUAUAUCCUAUCCGGCGGCACAAACCUGUCUAGCUCACAUAUGGGAGUACCCCCCCGGAACUGUUUCCCAAACUGCAAGAAGUUUACACAGAUUUGAUCGCAAUUUUGUUUCCUACAGGUUGCCAAUAUUACGUUAUUUGGCUCAAAGGUACACGGACUUCGCCGGCUGGGGCAAGGCGCCACAUGACAGACAUAAAGUGCAAUCAGUAUUAGACUGGGCCAGUUCCAAGUUACUGAAGUAAGAAUAUUAACUGAAGCUCUUCUUUCCAAUACGAGUUAGUUGGUAUCCUGUGGUACAUUUAGCUACCCCUGUUAAUGUAUUGUCCUUUAAUUAAUCAAGUUCGCGACUCGGCUAUAAACUUCACAAAUCAUAAUGCAACUGUUUUAUUCCUUAAACUAUUCUGACGUCACAAUAAGAAGUUAUCAGCAAAAGUCGAAUUGCAAGUGCUAAACUGAAGUAUAAUGUUGUCAAAAAACAAAAACUCUUUUUUAACUUCAAAUGUCUGUAAAUUCUCCUCCACAGCUAGAUUAUAAUCCUUUAACGGAAGGGUUUAUAUACUCCCCACUCCACCCAGACCGCAUUGAUUUUACAGAGGAAGGCAUUAAAGCAGACAAACGAACGAAAAACGAAAAACAUUUCAUUGGUGAAACACUUUCUUUCUUUCGACUUCAAAAAAAAACCGCUUUGGAGCUGAUAAUUGCUGAAUAUUGUGGAUAUGAUCCGUCAAUAGUGUUUUGGAAGGGACUCAAUAUUUCUUAUCUCUACUUACCGGAUCUUCUAUGUUUAUUUUUUUUCUUUGCAGUGCUCUGGGCUACAAAUACGUGUAUCCUCAAUUGCUAGAGCGAUUUCAUCUGCCUAACGACGCGGACACAGAGGAACUGGUAGAAAGAGGUCUCGCGCAGACCAGUGAACUUUUAGAGGUUAUUGAGAACUUUUAUCUUCAAGAUCAUCCUUUCUUGUGUGGAUCGGAAUUAACGGUAGCCGACAGCUAUGUGGCGACUAUCAUGUGCCAAGCCGAAUUAGUUGAGUUGGACUUAGAACUUUGGCCCAGGCUCUGUGCGUGGAUGGUGAAAGUAAAAGGCCAAGAGCACUGGGUCGAGGUCCAUAGUGCGCAUGCGGACUUUCUUCAAAAAGUGAAAAAAGUCAACGUCACCUGAUCAUCAUCUGUGAGAAAAAGGGGGAAAUGUGAUCAAAUUGUUUGAGCAACCCUGAGGAUUUCCACUGCAAUGUCUAAUAUUUUAAUUUCGUUUUUUAAAGUGGAAAAUUUGACUUAAAUUUCUGAGGUAUUAGCUACUGAAUGUUAUUUAUGAUCAACAAACCUUCAAUAAGGUCUAAACACAGUGUCCAUCCUUCUUUGAUUUGUAGACUUUCACCGAAAAUUAUUAGAAGUUUAGUUAUUAAUUCUGUCGAAAUGUUCAGAUAUUAGGUCAUUUCAUCUAUUGGGUUUUUGUGUCCUUUUUGUUUAUGGACAGCUGAAUUGAAGAAAUGACAAAUCGUAAACUGAAACAAAAAUAAAGUAUGAGGUAACUUGAUGACAUCAAAAGUUGAUUUUAUUCGGAUAUAUAUUGAGCAAUAUAUGAAGAGAGAAAAACGUCGGCAUA